AUGGCUAUUACCGGGGCGUUUAGAACAACGCCAACAGCGGCGAUGGAGGUACUGCUAGACCUCCCGCCGCUACAUCUGGUGAUACAAUCCGAGGCGCGGAAAUCGCUACACAGGCUGGCUCUAACAGGCCUAUGGAGCGAUAGCAAGCCAAAGACUAAACACACAAACAUGGAAUGUGACAAUUUCAUGGAAAGGAUAACGAAUAUGGGCUGCGAUAAGAUGCAACCCAAGUUUGUGUUCCGUAAGAAUUUUGAAGUUAAAGUUCCAACAAGGGCUGAAUGGACCGAAGGUCUUCAAGCACCAAAUUCGGAUGAAAACGACAUCAUAUGGUACACAGACGGGUCCAAGACAGUAUCUGGUACGGGGGCAGGCAUUUAUGCAAAUGACUUUAGUUGUAGCAUAAGCAUGGGUAAUUACGCUACUGUCUUCCAAGCCGAGACGUACGCUAUAAUUGCCUGUGUGCAUGAGAAUAUAGUUAGGCAAACCCAAGGGAAGAAUAUCUAUAUACUCAGUGACAGUCAGGCUGCACUCAAGGCGCUCAGGGCGCCCAGAGUGGACUCUAGACUGGUGUACAAUGGUGUCCAAGCUCUGAACAAGCUUGGAAGACAAAAUAGAGUGCAACUGAAUACCGGUGACGCGGGCAGCAUUAGCUUGCUGUAUCGCAAUAAUAAUAUGUUGACCAAGAAAGCUGCCAGCUCUACGGUCAGCGGUAACGUCUACUAA